AUGGCGCGGGCCAAGCUGCCGCGCUCGCCGUCCGAGGGCAAGGCGGGCCCCGGGGGCGGCCCGGCCGGCGCCACGGCCCCCGAGGAGCCGCACGGGCUCAGCCCGCUGCUGCCGGCCCCGGGCGGGGGCUCCGUGGGCAGCGACGUGGGCCAGAGGCUGCAGGCAGAAGAGUCCAGCCUCGACUCCUCCCUGUCUCAGGUCCAGGUGGAGUUCUAUGUCAAUGAGAACACCUUCAAGGAGCGCCUGAAGCUUUUCUUCAUCAAAAACCAAAGAUCCAGCCUGAGGAUCCGGGUGUUCAACUUCUCACUCAAGCUUCUCACCUGCCUGCUGUACAUUGUCCGCGUGCUGCUGGAUGACCCGGGCCAGGGCAUCGGAUGCUGGGGCUGCGAGAAGCGCAAUUACACCUUCAACGAUUCCUCCUCUCAGAUCAACUGGGCCCCCAUCCUGUGGGUGGAGAGGAGGAUGGCUCUGUGGGUAAUCCAGGUGGUGGUGGCGGUCAUCAGCUUCCUGGAGACCAUGCUCCUCAUCUACCUCAGCUACAAAGGCAACAUCUGGGAGCAGAUAUUCCGCGUGCCCUUCGUCUUGGAGAUGAUCAACACCCUGCCCUUCAUCAUCACGAUCUUCUGGCCGCCGCUGCGCAACCUGUUCAUCCCGGUGUUCCUCAACUGCUGGCUGGCCAAGCACGCCCUGGAGAACAUGAUCAAUGACUUCCACCGAGCCAUCCUGCGGACGCAGUCGGCCAUGUCCAACCAGGUGGUCAUCCUCUUCUGCACCCUGCUGUGCCUGCUGUUCACAGGCACCUGUGGCAUCCAGCACUUGGAGCGCGCCGGCGAGAACCUGUCCCUGCUCACUGCCUUCUACUUCUGCAUCGUCACCUUCUCCACCGUGGGCUACGGCGACGUCACGCCCAAGAUCUGGCCGUCGCAGCUGCUCGUGGUCGUCAUGAUCUGUGUGGCCCUCGUGGUGCUCCCGCUGCAGUUCGAGGAGCUGGUCUACCUCUGGAUGGAGCGGCAGAAGUCGGGGGGCAACUACAGCCGCCACCGGGCCCAGACGGAGAAGCACGUGGUGCUGUGUGUGAGCUCGCUCAAGAUCGACCUGCUCAUGGACUUCCUCAACGAGUUCUACGCGCACCCGCGGCUCCAGGACUACUACGUCAUCAUCCUGUGCCCUGCGGAGAUGGACAUGCAGGUGCGCAGGGUGCUGCAGAUCCCACUCUGGUCCCAGCGCGUCAUCUACCUCCAGGGCUCCGCCCUCAAGGACCAGGACCUCAUGCGAGCAAAGAUGGACAACGGGGAGGCCUGCUUCCUGCUCAGCAGCCGGAACGAGGUGGACCGCACGGCCGCGGACCACCAGACCAUCCUUCGGGCCUGGGCCGUAAAGGACUUUGCCCCCAACUGCCCACUGUACGUCCAGAUCCUCAAGCCAGAAAACAAGUUCCACGUCAAGUUCGCAGACCACGUGGUGUGCGAAGAGGAGUGCAAGUUCGCCAUGCUCGCCCUCAACUGCAUCUGCCCGGCCACCUCCACCCUCAUCACCCUGCUGGUGCACACCUCCCGUGGCCAGGAGGGCCAGGAGUCCCCGGAGCAGUGGCAGCGCACGUACGGACGCUGCUCCGGCAACGAGGUCUACCACAUCCGCAUGGGCGACAGCAAGUUCUUCCGGGAGUACGAGGGCAAGAGCUUCACCUACGCCGCCUUCCACGCCCACAAGAAGUAUGGGGUGUGCCUCAUCGGCCUCAAGCGUGAGCAGCACAAAAGCAUCCUGCUGAACCCGGGCCCGCGGCACACGCUGGCCGCCUCCGACACCUGCUUCUACAUCAACAUCACCAAGGAGGAGAACUCGGCCUUCGUCUUCGCGCAGGAGGAGCGGCGCAAGCAGAGGGCGGGGCCGGGGCCGCACCUGCCCGUGCGCAGCAUCCUCGCCUCCAUGGGGACGGUGGCCAUGGACCUGCAGAAUGCCGAGUGCCGGCCCUCCCAGAGCAGCGCGGGCAGCAAACUGGCACUGCCCUCAGAAAAUGGCUCGGGCAGCCGGCGGCCCAGCAUCGCGCCCGUCCUGGAGCUGGCCGACAACUCGGCCUUGCUGCCCUGCGACCUGCUGACUGACCAGUCGGAGGACGAGGUGACGCCCUCGGAUGAGGAGGGCCUCUCUGCGGUGGAGUACGUGAAGGGCUACCCCCCCAACUCGCCCUACAUCGGCAGCUCCCCCACCCUCUGCCACCUGCUGCCCGUCAAAGCGCCCUUCUGCUGCCUGCGGCUGGACAAGGGUUGUGAGCACAACAGCUACGAGGACGCCAAGGCCUACGGCUUCAAGAACAAGCUCAUCAUUGUGUCGGCAGAGACGGCCGGCAACGGGCUCUACAACUUCAUCGUGCCUCUGCGGGCUUACUACCGGCCGCGCAGGGAGCUCAACCCCAUCGUACUGCUCCUGGACAACAGGCCUGAUCGCCACUUCCUGGAAGCCAUCUGCUGCUUUCCCAUGGUGUACUACAUGGAGGGCUCCGUGGACAACCUGGACAGCCUGCUGCAGUGUGGCAUCAUCUACGCCGACAACCUGGUGGUGGUGGACAAGGAGAGCACCAUGAGCGCCGAGGAGGACUACAUGGCCGACGCCAAGACCAUUGUCAACGUGCAGACCAUGUUCCGGCUCUUCCCCAGCCUCAGCAUUACCACGGAGCUCACCCACCCCUCCAACAUGCGCUUCAUGCAGUUCCGCGCCAAGGACAGCUACUCGCUGGCUCUAUCCAAGCUGGAAAAGCGGGAGCGUGAGAACGGCUCCAACCUGGCCUUCAUGUUCCGCCUGCCCUUUGCCGCUGGCCGAGUGUUCAGCAUCAGCAUGUUGGACACGCUGCUCUACCAGUCGUUUGUCAAGGAUUACAUGAUCACCAUCACGCGGCUGCUGCUAGGCCUGGACACCACGCCGGGCUCCGGCUACCUGUGCGCCAUGAAGAUCGGCGAGGACGACCUGUGGAUCCGCACUUACGGCCGCCUCUUCCAGAAGCUCUGCUCAUCCAGCGCCGAGGUGCCCAUUGGCAUCUACAGGACCGAGAGCCACGUCUUCACCGAGCCCCAGGACCUCAGAGCCCAGUCCCAGAUCUCCGUGAACAUGGAGGGCUGUGAGGACAUGCGACAGGCCCCGGGGCCCUGGGAGGCACAGGUGGGCCCCGGUGGCGGCGGCAGCACCCAAGGCCGCCACGCGGACGGUGACGACCCGGUGGAGCACCCCCUGCUGCGGCGGAAGAGCCUGUCCUGGGCCCGGAAACUCAGCCGCAAGGGCAGCCAGCCGGCCAAGACACCUGCGGCUGCUGAGCGCAUCAGCCAGCAGCGGCUCAGCCUGUGCCAGCGAUCCGAGCGCCAGGAACUCUCUGAGCUGGUCAAGAACCGCAUGAAGCACCUGGGGCUGCCCACCACUGGCUACGAGGACAUAGCAAACUUAACAGCCAGUGACGUCAUGAACCGGGUAAACCUGGGAUACCUGCAAGAUGAGAUCAGUGACCAGCAGAACACCCUGUCCUAUGUGCUCAUCAACCCCCCGCCUGACACGACGCUGAAACCCAACGACAUCGUGUACCUCAUCCGCUCAGACCCCCUGGCCCAUGUGGCUGGCAGCUCCCCGAGCCACAAGCUGUCCUGCAACCCCGAGACACGUGAUGAGACGCAGCUGUGA